AUGUUGCAGAGAAUCCACGCAAGAGAUGUCGUUGCGGCAAGAGAGGAAAUACUGGAUCUUAUUCAGGGGAACCUCAAGAACAACAUAAUCUACUUUGAUGGUUGGCGUGGCUUUGGGGCUACCGCGGUUCUUAGAUCCAUAGCACAAGCAAUUCCAUUUAUGAAGUCUCCUCCAAAAUUAUGCUUUGGCAGAACCAUUUACAUUGAUUGCUCAAGGUGGGAGAGUAAAAGGGUGAUGCAGAGAAAAAUUGCAGAGCAGCUGAAACUUGACCGGAAGACCAUGGCCAUGUUUGAGGAGCAAGAUGAGGAGGAUGACUUCAACGGAGUGGAUCAUGGAUCUAGGGAUGUGAUACGACAAGUUUCAGUAAUGAUUGACCAAACCCUAAGGGAAAGUAGAUUUAUGAUGAUUUUCAUUAAUGGAAGUACUGAUGAGGUUUCCCUAACCGAAUUUGGUAUUCUAGAGUAUGUCGGCAUGAUAAUAUGGACAUUUGGAAGAAGGUUUGUGACUAUGCAUGGGGGCCAUAGCAUUCAGAGACUAGCAGAGAAUUUAAGACACACAGGCCUCUUCAUUUGGACUUACAAGACUGUGCUUAAGGACUUAUCAGACUCACAGCUUAAUGCACUGUUUCUUGAAGAGGCUGCCAACAUAGUUGCUAACUAUCCAUUUAUGAGGGACAUCAACUUAACAAUGAUCAUAGAUUGUUGUCGCUAUGGAUUUUUCCUGCACUGCAAUUCUCGCAACAACUUUGGAUUGGAUUGGGCAGCUCAUGCUCCCAACUUUUGGAUAUGCGAUGGGAUCAUUCAAAAAGGGGACAGAACAAGGGAAAUCGUCAAUACAUUGGAUUCAGACAUAAAUUUUAACGGUGACGAUUCCCUGCUUGGUAUGGUGUUUGCUAAGAUGACGGAACAUUUAGACUCUUCUCAUCUUCUAAUUGAAGAUGAAGAUGAAGAUGAAGAUGAAGAUGAAGAUGAAGAUGAAGAUGAAGAUGAAGAUGAAGAUGAAGAUGAGUAUGAAGAUGAAGAUGAAGACGAAGAUGAAGAUGAAGACGAAGAUGAAGAUGAUGGCAGCGUUGAUAAAUAUAAAGAGAGGCCUUACCGUUGGAUUUCUGUCACCUCAAAGAAUAAGAUGCUUAAUGACAACAUGCAAACUAUACUGGCAAUGGCAUCAUCAAUCUUCCUAUCAUUUGACAAGACUGUGAGUGCACCUAGGUUACCAAAUACCUUGUUUAAACAGUGCAACAAACUUGGUGUGCUAGUUCUCUCAUGUUGUGCCUUCAGUUUUGUAUCCCCUCCUUUCCUCCACUGCAAUAAAUUAAGAUUUCUUGGGCUGGGCAAUUGCACACAUCAGAAUAAUAAUACAAGUAGUGAACCUGAAGGACGAGACUGUAUCACCAAGUGGGCAUUUCUGCAAAGCCUAUGGGUGCUUGACCUGCGUUACACAGACUGGGGUGAGAUCUUAUCUGAGGAAAAGAUAAGUCUUAUGGCUAAUAUCACAGAACUAAAUAUAGAAGGAGCUAGGUGCUGGCAGUAUACGGGUCAAUUAUUAGAGAAAAGGUUACCUUACCUUCAAAGACUUCGGAUAAUCAAACCUACACAUCAGGAAGAGACGACAUCCUUGGACAUCAACAACUCAUUUGUGGGUAAGAAACAGCUAGAAAUACUUGAUUUGUCUGGUAACAGUGACAUGAAAAGCCUAGCGACAAGCCUAUCAGAAGCAAGCAAACUUCAAGUACUUGUUCUAGAUGGUUGCGAUGGGCUUGAGAAUGUUGUGCUGCACAACUCCUUGGUAAGGUCAUUCAGUUUUGAUGGCUAUGGACCAGCGUCCCAUUGGACAUCAACCGGCAAGCUACCUCCAAUGAGUUCUCGUCCAAAGGGUCCAUCUGCUGUAGAUAAUAAGAAGGAUGUCAGAGCCUGCAAGAUAUCUCUAGAAGGCUGCACAUUGUUGGAGGAUCUGUUCUUGCGUGGGCUUCCCAACCUGGAGGAGCUGGACCUUUCAGGAUGUGCGAUCAAGGUACUUGACUUUGGAGCUAUGGUGGUGGAUGUUCCGAGGCUCAAGCGACUCUUCCUGCUAGGCUGCGAGAACCUUUGUGCAAUAAAAUGGGGCUCAUAUAAGCAGUUGGAAUUGAUCUGCAUAGACACACGGCCUAGAGUUGGAUGUGCUCAGCCAUUGUCCCUUUGCGCUCAACAGAAAUCCUUCCAGCUGCAGGUGCACGCAAUCUUUGCGGAUGCUAGGCAUGCUCGGUCCAUUUUGGCUCCCUUACAUAGUGCACUUUCCAAGGUUGCCCAUUGUUAUUUCAACAUCAGCAUCGCCUCUUCACCUGCAUGUACGGAGAUUAUUCAACCUGAAACAACAACAGACAAGGAGAAGGUGACUGGAUCUAUUGAUGACCAACGACACUAUGACAUAGCUGCUAGAGACAUGUAUUGUGACAUCUUUACUAAGGUUGGUAAUAGCCCAACCCCGAUGCAGGCCUUCCCGCAAGGCCCAGCGGGACAAUUGGAUUGCCAUAUCGAGAUUGGUGACGGAAGUCGUAGCGUGCAGAGUGAGGUGGAGGCAGAUCCAUCUGGUGAUAAUUUGGCUUCAUUGAUGGGAGAUCAUACCAAAUCCCUGCAUGUGCAUGAUGUCUCGACCUGCAGCAAUGCUAUGCCUAGAUAUUGGCGUUCCCUCAGGUGGUGCCGUGUCGAGAGGUGCCCCAGCUUGCACGCCGUCUUUCCUCCGGGCGCAGAGGAUUGGGAUGGUACGCUGGAGACCAUCUGGGUGUCGGAUCUCCGGAUGGCUCGUUGUGUAUGGAGCAAAGGUGUCAUCUACAAUUCUGGUGAUCGCUUCAGAAGCCUGCGGCACUUGCACCUGCGCUGCUGUCCAAGCCUCCGGUUCGGGCUUGCGAUGGGCAAGCGCCCCUCCUUCCCCAGCCUGGAGACCCUCCACAUCGUCCACUGCGGCGAACUCAGGCACGUCUUCGUACUGGGUCAUGCUGACGAGAAGUACCAGCAUACAAGCGUCGAGUUCCCGAAGCUGACCACCAUCCACCUGCACGACCUACCAGCGCUGCAGCAGAUAUGCAAGGCCGCCGAGAUGCUGGCGCCCGCGCUGGAGACCAUCAGGAUCAGGGGAUGCUGGAGCCUGCGCCGGCUGCCGGCCUUGAAGGGCCGCAACGAGCCAGGAAAGAGGAGGCCGACCGUGGAGAUCGAGAAGGACGUGUGGGACGUGCUGGAGUGGGACGCCAGGCACCACCCUUCCCUGUACGAGGCGCCGGUGCACUCGCGCUACUACAAGAGGCGCAUGCUCAGAACCACCGUUCUCAGGUAA